GUGGGCUCCGCGUGUCGAGGCAAACAUGGCAUCCAGAAGGAAGCGGGGCAGAAAAACUGAACAAACGGAGAAUUUAGAGACGAAAAUGGGCCAAGAAGAGGGGGAUGAUGGAGAAGAAAUGGCCGGAGACGAGGAGUUUAGUCUGGAGGAGGUGAUGCGACUCGGAGGAACCAAGGCUGACUACAUCCUCCUCGCGGGCCUGGACGACUCCAACGAGCUUGUGGACGGAGGAAAGAAAGGAGCCAUCGACGACCUAGAGGAGGGCGAGUUGGAGAGCUUCAUCACCAAACUGGGCAUCCGGACAUACGCUGGACAACAGAGCAUUGCAGAUGAGCCACAGGUUCCAGAGGAACCAGAGGGUCCAGAGGAACCAGGCCCCACUGCUGAUAGGGAUGUAAAAACACCCACCAAAAAAAAGGCCGGUGUUCAGGAUGCACCCGCAAAGGGACCAACGCCUGCCGCUUUGUCGAAGGCAGUCCAACCAGCGGCGAGGAAGACGGAAGACCGUCAGCCGUCGACAGCUAGAAAGAUCAAGCAGAUCGGGUUUGAGUUCCAGCAGCGUCACGUCCUGCUCAUCAAGCCCGGGGGGAAGUGGUUUGAGCUAGAAUACGCCUCCGAGGGCUCCUCCGCGCCGCAGGAUCCCAAGCUGGUGGCCCGGUACCUGGCUUUGGCCCGCCAGCUCUUCGAGGCCGAGGUGAAACUCUACAAGAGUAAGAAAACCCUGCAGAAGGGAGCCAACAGCGCCUGGAUGAAGACGGUGGUGUCCUCCGGCGUGCUGGCUGACAGGAUGGCCGCCAUGACGGUCCUCCUUCAGGACGCCCCCGUGCACAUGCUGGAGCACGUGGAAAGCCUGGUGAACAUGGUGAAGAAGAAGGGCAGCCGGCGGAUGGGUCUCAUGGCUAUGGACACCCUUCGAGAGCUGCUGCUGUCCAACCUGCUGCCAGAAGACCGGAAGCUCCGCCUCUUUGCUCAGCACCCAUUUGAUGAGCUGGAAAGGCGAGCGAGUGGCAACCGGGACACCCGCGACCGCCACCUCAUCCUCUGGUUGUUCGAGCACCAGCUGAAGAACCAGGUGGCCGAGUUCGUGGUGGCUCUGGACUCGCUGGCUCACGACACGGUGGCGGCCACCAAGGCCAAGGCGCUGGCCACCGCCCACGAGCUGCUGUGCAGCCGGCCAGAGCAGGAGCGGCCGCUGCUCAUCCAGGUGGUCAACAAGCUGGGGGACCCCGACUACAAAACGGCCUCCAAAGCCUCGCACCUGCUGGAGACGCUGCUGCACCGGCACCCCAACAUGAAGGCGGUGGUGUGCAGCGAGGUGGAGCGGCUGCUGUUCCGGCCCAACAUCUGCACCAAGGCGCAGUACUACGCCGUGUGCUUCCUCAGCCAGGUGACGCUGAGCCACGGCGAGCACCAGCUCGCCUCCAAACUCAUCACCAUCUACUUCUCCUUCUUUCAAGCCGUCGUCAAGGACAAAGACGUUCAGUCCAAAAUGCUGAGCGCGCUGCUGACGGGCGUCAACCGCGCGUAUCCCUACGCCAGCAGCGGCGACGACAAGGUGAAGGAGCAGCUGGACACGCUGUUCAAGGUGGUGCACCUGGUGAAGUUCAACACGGCCGUGCAGGCGCUCAUGCUGCUCUUCCAGGUCAUGGACUCGCAGCAGAGCGUCUCCGACCGCUACUACACCGCCAUCUACAGGAAGCUCCUGGACCCUGGUCUGUCCUCCUGUUCCGCUCAGAACCUUUUCCUGAACCUUCUCUACAAAUCCCUCAAGGCGGAUGUAGCGCUACGUCGGGUGAAAGCCUUUGUGAAGCGGCUGCUAUCAGUCAGCGCUGAGCAGAGCGCCAGCUUCGCUUGUGGCGCCCUGUUCCUUGUGUCCGAGGUUAUGAAGGCCAAGCCGGGCUUGAAAACGCUGCUGCAGGAGGAUGGGGAAGAGGAGGAGGAGUUCAAAGACCUUGCAGAGGAGGAGGAGGAUGCGGAGGAGAGUCCUAAGGAACCAGAAAAGGCCCAGGACGGACCAAAAGCAGAGACGGAGGACGUCAAACCCACAGGAUCAUGGAUACACCACCAGAACCUUGAAGGAAGGAAGACCCUGCAGAGCUAUGACCCGCUGCACAGGAACCCGUUAUUCUGCGGUGCCGACCAUGCCAGUUUGUGGGAGCUGCAGAAGCUCGCUCUUCACUAUCAUCCAUCAGUGUCGCUGUUUGCCAAGACGCUCCUGCAGGGAGACUGCAUUCAGUACUCUGGAGACCCUCUGCAGGACUUCACCCUCAUCCGCUUCUUGGACCGGUUCGUCUUCAGGAACCCCAAGCAGCUGAAAGGAAAACAGGGUUCUGCCGCGCUGAGGCCCAGACACCGGUCACCUGCCGCCUCUCUGCCAGUGAACAGUCCCGAGUUCCUGUCCAGAGACGAGAGCCAGAUUCCCGUGGAUGAAGUUUUCUUCCACCGCUUCUUCAAGAAGCGGCAGCAGGAGAAACGACAUCGCAAGCCAGUGAGAGAAGGCGACGACGAGAGCGUGGAGGACGUGGACGAUGACGAGUUCGAGAAACUUCUUGACUCCGUCGAGGGCGACUCGUACUACGCCGAUGUACCCGGCGAUGACCUGGACUUUGCCGGCAACGUGAAGAGUAAAAAACAGAAGAAGAGCUCGGGCGACUCGGACUCGGACGACUCUGACGUGGACGACCUGGACGAUGAAGAGGUGUCUCUGGGCAGCAUGGAUGAGGAAGACUUUGGAGAGGAGCUUGAGGAGGAAGGAGGGACCUUCAUGGAUCCUGACGGGGACGAGGAACUGGAGGAUGAGGAUGAAGACGGUGAAUUUGAUGAUGAUGGAGAGGAGGAAGAUGACGGCCCUCCAACCCAGAAGAAGAGGAGGAAAUCCCCAGAGAAGCACGACUUCGCUGGAUCUCUGGGUUCUAAAAAGAAGGAAAUGAAGAGAAAAAAGAGCGAUAGAGCCAUGUUUAGUUCUGCAGAGGAAUUCGGCUCCCUGCUAGACGACAACGCCGGCUCCAAGUUUGACAACAUCGGUAUGAAUGCUGUCGCCAACAUGGACAGAGCAGCCGUGAAGCAGCUGAAGUGGGAGGCUCAGCGAGACGAUUGGAUCCAAGGCCGUGAUGCCAAAACGCUGCGCAAGAAGAAGACGGCGUUCAAGAACAAGCGGCCGGGCUUCGGCCGAGCACAGAGGGGAGGCAGGAUGAACAGGAACAGGAAGUAGCCGCCGGCGUGGCGACGGGCCGGCGCUCAGCUGCGUUUGGACGACCAGGCCUCCUGGUCCUGCUCACGGACGCCGUAGACCCCGGCCCACUCGUUGGACUGGUAGUAAACUGGGAAGAGAAGACAGACGGGUUCACACCCAGAACCUGGUCCUGAACGGGGAGGUUUCUGUCAAACUGGAACCUUUCUGCUGACCCAUUUUUAUUGAUUCCAUUACCUGUAAAUUCAUUGAUCAGUUCCUGAUCGAUCAUGGUUUUUCUGGUGAUUUAUCAACUUUCAACUCAAAAGUAAUUUUCAUAAAACUGUAUUAAAACACAGUAUUUUGUCAUUUAGCACUGAUCCUGUAAAUAUGUGGGUUUUCUGUAGGGUAUGUGAUGAGAACACCGUCCUGGUUGGUCAUUUCGAUGCCAAGAGCCAGUCCAGUCCCUCUAUUUGGACUUCAGGGGUCGGAACCAACAGAUGCAGAGAAACUCCCUCUGGACGCGACUGGAUAAAUAUACAGGACUGUUUCAGAAAAUUAGAAUAUUGUGAUUUUCUGUAAUGCAAUUACAAAAACAAAAAUGUCAUACAUUCUGGAUUCAUUACAAAUCAACUGAAAUAUUGCAAGCCUUUUAUUAUUUUA